UGAACUAAAAAAAUGGCUUGUAUAAAGCUAAAAAAGUUGGAGGAGUACUUACAUGGAGUAGAUACAUUUGGAAAGCCUAAAAUCAAAUUAGAACAAUACAUAACACCGCCCCAUAUAGCUAGUUGCGUGCUUUAUAACAUUCAGACACUAUACGGAGAUAUUGAAGGAAAAUAUGUAGGAGACUUAGGGUGUGGAAGUGGUAUGCUAAGUAUCGGUUCAUUUUUACUUGGUGCUGGCAUGACCACAGGUUUUGAAAUCGAUGACGAUGCUCUAAAUAUGUUUCAAACCAAUGUAACAGAUAUGGAAUUGCCUGGUAUAGAUUGUGUUUUAUGUGACGUACUAACGUUGUCUAGCAAUGAAAAAUGGGAAAAUGCUUUUGAUACAAUUGUUACCAACCCUCCGUUUGGGACGAAAAAUAAUAGUGGAAUCGAUAUGUUAUUUGUUCAGAAUGGUGUUUAUCUAGCUUCUGGAGCAGUUUAUUCAUUUCACAAAAGUUCCACACGGGACUACAUUCAUAAAAAGGUUAAGGAUUGGAACGUAAAAGGSAAUGUGGUCGCGGAACUGAAAUAUAAUAUUGACACCAGUUAUUCCUUUCACAAAAGCAAAAGCGUUGACAUCAAUGUGGACUUUUGGAGAUUCGAUGUAUCUGAGAAAAACCUUUGAUUCGAUUCACUCCAUAAAAUACUUUGAAUUUAUUCUUUCAUUUAUUUCAAAUACCAAGAAAAUGUAUACAUAAKUGUAUGUACGUUUGUGUUUAUGUUAAAACUAGUGUUUCUGAUCACCCGCUUAUAGCAUUUUUCGAAGCAUUUACAAAAAUAUCAAAAACUAUUUCACUGAURACGGGAAAUAGUAUUUUUAACAAUAACAUUUCCUAGAAUUUUCUAUAUACAAAUGUACCAAUUCAGAUGGCUAAUAAAGACGAUUAUUUUUAAACAGCUAUUAUACAGGUACAAGCUAGUGUAAAUAAUAAGCAAAAUAUACGUAUACAUGAAAAUAAUUUUAA